AUGGAAGAAUAUCGAAGCGGAGACCCAAGUCUGGCUUUUGUCGAUGAUGAAGCCGAAAAAGCUCCGACGUUUGAUGAUCCUUAUGAGGAGCGCAAGUAUGUCAAGCACAGGCUAGCACUAGGAUUCCGGGUGCUAGCAAAUUUCGGUCUUGCUGAAGGCGUUGCUGGACAUGUAACUGUGAGGGAUCCUGUUGAUCCCAAUAGCUUCUGGGUAAACCCUUUCGGGCUACACUUCUCCCUUAUCCGCGACGAAGACCUGAUUCGCGUCAAUCACGAAGCGGCCUAUGCUAUUCAUGCAGAGAUACACAAGGCUCGCCCUGAUGUUCUCUGCGCGGCCCAUUCGCAUAGUACCUACGGACGUGCUUUUUGCGCCACUGGACGGACACUAGAUAUGCUCACGCAGGACUUUUGCGUAUUUUGGAACGAUCAUAUUCUGUGGUCAAAUUUUGCCGGGCUUGUACUGGCCCCGGCUGAAGGCAAAGCCAUUGCCGCAGCUCUGGGUACUAAGAAAGCAGCUCUUCUGGGCAACCACGGUAUUAUGACAGUCGGGCCCACCAUUGAGGCUACUAUCGCAUGGUUCGUGCUGCUAGAGAGAUGCUGUCAAAUCCAACUUUUGGCCGACGCGAGCUCGGCAGGAUCAGGAAAACCACUUUUGACGAUUGGCGAGCAUGAAGCUAAAUCCACCUGGGAGGCAGUUGGAACGACAGGCAAUGGGUACUUCCAGGGUCUCCCUCUUUUCCAGGUCGCGGAACAGGAGUUUAAUGAAAGGUCUUUUCUAGGAAAAGGGCUUAAGGCAGCCUGA